AACGACCACCGCCAAACAACCCACAACCACUGCUCAAGAUGAAGUACAUCUUUUCCUCCGAGCAGCUGGUCAUCCCAGACAACGUGAAGAUUCACAUCAGAUCACGAAUCGUCACCGUUGAGGGUCCACGAGGCAAACUGACCAAGGAUCUCUCGCACAUCGCCGUCACCUUCUCCCUCCCCAAGAACCAUAAGGGCCAGCAAAUCGUCCAGAUCGAAAUCCACCACGGAUCGAGAAAGAAUGUCGCUACCCUCCGAACCGUCAAGUCCAUCAUCGAGAACUUGGUGACCGGUGUCACCAGGGGAUACAAGUACAAGAUGCGAUACGUCUAUGCUCAUUUUCCCAUCAACGUCAACAUUGAGAAGAACGCCGAAGGCCUCGACCACGUUGAGAUCAGAAACUUUUUGGGCGAGAAGAUUGUCCGAUAUGUCACAAUGCGCGACGGCGUCAGCGUCGAGGCAUCCAAGGGUGUCAAGGACCAGAUCGAACUCAGCGGCAACUCACUCGAGGACGUCUCACAAUGCGCCGCCGAUAUCCAGCAGAUCUGCAGGGUACGAAACAAGGAUAUCCGAAAAUUCUUGGACGGUCUGUACGUGAGCGAGCGGGGCAACAUUGCCGAAGAGUAGAGAGAGGGCGGACGUUGAAAGGAGCAAAAGCAGAAAAAAGGCAGAAGUUUUCUCUAGAGGUAUGGAAGGAAGGCGUCAACGAAUUGAGUAUUUUUUGCUCAUAACUGCGAGAAGCGUUGCAAACAUGGUGCAGCUCUACAUUCCGCCAGAGCAAGCUUGAGAGGCCCUCAACAAAAGGGUUUGAAUGUGAAAAAGACAUUUCCAAAAAUUUCAGCAGGCGACCCGCCUGGACUCCGUUCUACACCAAUGUCCCUCAUGAACC